ACACACACACACACACACACACACACUGGACCAACAUCUAUAAAGAAACCAGAAACUUGUGACAUGUUCAUUCAUCUGUUCUCGCCUGCAAGCAUCAAGAAGGAAUCAGCUGCUGGGAAAAAUGUCAGAGAAAAAGAUGUCGCAGAGUCGGAAGAAUCAUCUAAAGAGUUUGCUGCUGCAGAUAGGAAAGAGCAUGCUGGAAGAAGAAGCUCAGGAGGCUGAAAAGGAGAAAAGGAAAUAUAUGGAGGAAAACUGCCCCACCCUGUCCAUCCCUCAGUCCACCCAGGAGCUCCAGGAGCUGUGCCACCAGCUUUACAAGCAGAUUGAUUUGGUGGACGAGGAGCGAUACGACAUGGAGAUCAAAGUGAAAAAAUGCAACAAGGAGAUCGACGACCUGAAGAUUAAGGUUCAGGAUCUGAACGGGAGGUUUAAGAAGCCGGCCCUGAAGAGGGUGCGCAUGUCAGCUGAAGCCAUGCUUGCCGCUCUGCUGGGCUCCAAACAUAAAGUAUCCUUAGACCUCAGAGCCAACCUGAAGCAGGUCAAGAAGGAGGUGAAAGAGGAGGAGAAGCAGACGGGCGACUGGAGGAAGAACGUUGAAGACAAGGCUGGGAUGGACGGCAGAAAGAAAAUGUUUGAGACAGAGGCUGUUGGUUUUUAAAUAAAUUUGUGAUUUGAAUCCA